AUGUCCUCCCCUCGCUCCAGCCCCCCCCCCCCUCUGCUCUUCCCGCUCGCCCUGGCUCUCGUCGCUGAGCGUCUCCCGCUGAACUUUGCCAAUGCGGAGGAAUUCAGUGAGAUGUGUGAGCCCUGGUUGCAAGGUGAUCAGUACAUCAUCUUUGAAGGCACCGAGUACCGUCCUGGGGAUGUUAUACUGUGGCGCCCUACUGGUGUGACAGGCGAGCUCGAAAGGAAGGACUGUUGGGUAGGUAUCCUUGUCGGCUGGAUGUUCCCACACGAUGCAUUUGCGCGUAUCGUGCCGCAGGAUGAGUGGGAUGAGGAAGGCCGCAUUCCUGACAUAGCCGCGGUCAUUAUUCUUUGGGCGUACACAAAGAAGGACCUUGAGCAGGUCAUUGAAGACAUGCCGAAGAAGUACCGCAAAAUGAUGAAAGGCUCGGGUCCCGACUGGGACCCGUACUUUGAGGCCAUGACAAGCACCAGUCGCGUGUUCGGUGCUCGCUACGAGUGCAUGAUGCCCUUUGGGCUCAUCGACUACGUCACCAAGAGGGAGGCAUACGACUUUGGCAUCAACUGGGAUGGCCUCAUAGUUGAGCACGGCGGCCCCCCGGACGGCACCCCCAGGGCCCACUUCCACAAUAAGGAGUUGUGGGACGGGCUGCCGACCCCCCAAGAGGCCGCUGCAAUGCCUUUUGUCGAGCGUACCGAGCUGCCAGUGGAGGACGGGGUGUACGUGGUGGCUCGCCACGCUAACGAGAGGCAUGCCAGCUUGGACGUUGCCCGCCACGCUCCUUUCAAGCAGGAUUUGCGCAACCGUGGUGUCCGCAGGAGCUCAGAGCUCAGUGAGCCUGAGGGGGAGGGUGCUUGA